UGUAAACUUCAACAAAAUGCGGAAAGUCUACGCGUGAAGUAACUUCAUAACGACGGCAAAGAUUGAUUUUGUGUUCAGAUAACAAGAGCUACCCUUAACUGAAACGUAUGAGGACUGUACCGUUAAGUAGGCUACUAAGUAGACCAGUUGCUAGUCAGCGUUUUGGUGUUACGAUACUAAAAUGGGAAUAGCCUUCACCGUAUUGGGCAUUUUUACCUUGUUUUACUUGCAGGUUUUAGAUGCUAAACCACCACAUAUAGUCUUCAUUUUAGCCGAUGAUUUAGGGUGGAAUGAUGUAGGUUUUCAUGGAUCCGAAAUCAAAACUCCGAACUUGGAUAGACUGUCAAAAAGUGGAGUCCAAUUGGAGAACUAUUACGUUCAACCGAUAUGCACACCUUCCAGGAACCAGCUGAUGACCGGGAAAUACCAGAUCCACACUGGUAUGCAGCACCAGAUCAUAUGGCCUUGCCAACCCUACUGUGUGCCAUUGGAGGAAAAACUUCUACCUGAGGUUCUGAAGGAAGCAGGCUAUGCUACACAUAUGGUGGGGAAGUGGCACCUUGGCAUGUACCGCAGAGAAUGCACGCCCACUCAUCGUGGGUUUGAUUCCUAUUUUGGUUACCUAACAGGCGGAGAAAACUACUUUACUCAUCAACGCUGCUACCCUAUUUCGAAGUUGAAUUUGACACGCUGUGCCCUGGACCUGCGUGAAGGCGAGGAGGUUGCUGCAGAGUACAAUGGGACUUAUUCUACUGAGCUUUUCACACAUAAAGCCUCUGAUCUUAUUGGCAGACAUGAUCAAAACAAGCCCCUCUUCCUAUAUUUAGCCCUCCAAGCAGUGCAUAGCCCUCUGCAGGUCCCUGAGCGGUACACGGCCCCUUACAGUUUCAUCAAGGACCCACAACGCAGGAUGUAUGCAGGGAUGGUGUCAGCGAUGGAUGAAGCUGUAGGAAAUGUGACCAUGGCACUGAUGGCUCAUAACCUGUGGAAUAACACUGUACUCAUCUUCUCCUCAGAUAAUGGAGGACAGACUUUGGCGGGAGGCAGCAACUGGCCUCUGCGUGGAAGAAAAUGGUCUUUGUGGGAAGGGGGAGUGCGGGCUGUUGGCUUUGUUAGUAGUCCUUUGCUGGAGAAACCUGGCACCGUUAGCCGUGAGCUCAUCCAUAUCUCUGAUUGGUUGCCUACACUGGUGAACUUGGCUGGUGGAUCGACGUAUGGGAUAAAAAGCCUAGAUGGGUUUGAUGUUUGGAAAACAAUCAGCAAAGAGAUGGCUUCUCCCAGACUUGAGAUACUUCAUAACAUGGAUCCACUCUAUGUAGACAUUGCACCAUGUUCAAGUGAUCCUGGGCUGACCUUACCUCCAGAAGUUGCUCCUAGGCCUGUGCCUAUCAUCUCCAGAAUCAACCAGUCUGAUGGUUUUGAUGUUCGCAUCCAUGCUGCCAUCCGCUAUAAAGAGUGGAAGCUACUGACCGGUUACCCAGGCUGUCCCCUUUGGUUUCCUAAACCAGGAUCAGUGUCUAGUUCCCAUGCCUCUCCUCGGUCCCCCUCCACCAAAGCAGGAGUGUGGUUAUAUAAUGUGGAGCAAGACCCUGAGGAGCGGGAUGAGGUGUCCAUACUCAACCCUAAGGUGGUAGACUUCCUCCUCCGUCGACUUCAGCAUCAUCAGAGGAGUGCCAAACCUAUUGUUUUUCCAGAGGAUGAUCCUAAAUGUGACCCUGGACCUGAAGGCGCCUGGGGACCCUGGGCAUAAGUGUGUCGCAACAAGGGCAAUGUAAAUUACCAAUGUCAUGACCUGUAGGCUAUGUUAAUAUUGGAGGUGUCUGGGAGAGAGAGAUUUUUAGCUGUUUGCCAUUUUUAUGUUGCAUUGAACUUGAUUUCUCAAAUGUGUCAAAUCUUUGCUAAUCUCUGUGCUGAAUAAAAGUUAUAAAAGUC